AUUCAUUCAUCAUUUGUACGCAGGACUUGCAUAAUGAAAGUUUGAUUUUAAAAUACGGGAGUGUUAAAAGGAAAAAAGUUUUACAAUACAAAAAAAAAAAAAACAUAAAUUGAAAAGCUAAAAAAUUUAAUCUUUUUUUAUUAAUUCACAACUAUAACGAUUUUUUUUUUAAAGUUUCUUCAUAUCAAAUACGUUUGAGAAUUUGUAAAAAUGACCAAAAUCUUAAAUUUUUUGAGUCAAUCAAAACUAACGUUACUACGCUAUGAAUUUUUGAUAAUUACAAGUAUACUUUUCUCUUUACUGGUUACAUGCUGUCAAGGUCUGCAGCUAAGCGCAUUUACUACCAAAACUCCCAGGGUUACCAAGUACACAACUAAAUCACCAGCGUCUUCUUCUAUGAAUCAUGAUGCCACAACUUCCCUUUACCGCUUUAACGCCACCAAUGGUAUUACUUGCAUUCUCAUUAGUGUCGAUGGAUUAAUUAGUAUUAAAUAUCGAAAUAAAUUGAAUGAAGAUGUUGAGGCUGAUCUAUAUUUACCCGACGAUCCUGUCUUAAAUGGCGAAUGUGUGGAAUCAAAUUUGGAGAUAUUGUCAUUGGAAUUUAAGGGAUUUAAAUUGCAAAUGACAUUUAGAAAGUCUUCUGGUGGUGAAGGAUGGUAUAUCAAUCUAUUUGAACUGAGUUAUUCAUCUUCAAAUUCAUUAUUUGAACAUCCAGAUCGCCCUGGUUUAGAUGUUAAACUAACUUCACCCUCGCAUACACCCAUGUACUUCCCAACGCCAGUGGGUAAAUCUUAUGUCUGCGAUAAAGAACAAACAGUUGUAAUGUAUGCACCAUUGGACUCAGGAGACCAGUCAGGUCAUAUUGCACGCCUAUAUCUAAGGGAUUUACACAUGCAGAGUUUUAUGUUUAAGGAGAGCGGCAAUUGGGGACCAUCAUUUCAUUGCAGCGCUACGGGUUCAUACAGGGAUGAAACUGCUCCAUUGGCAGUGGGAACUGCUUUGGCGAUAGCGGUAUUAUUAACAAUUUCCGGUUAUGGUGGAUGGAGAUAUUUUAAAAUUAAAAAGGUGCAAUACGGCACUAUGGAGUAAAUUACAAAAAUUCUAAAAAACCAAAUACUAAACAAACAAAAAUAAAUAAAAAAGGAGUGUGUGUAAAGAUUAUUUACUUUAAUUAUAUAAUAUAUAAUUUUAAUAAUAUUAUUAUUUAUUAUAAAAUUAUAUAAAAACAACCAGAUAAAAGUAACUAAUUUUAGAAAAAAAAAUGAAUUGCAAAUGUCUUCCAUAUUGUUAAAACUAAAUAAAUAAUUAAAAAAAAAAACUUAAAAACACUUACAAAUUAUGACAAACAAAUUUUUAAUUGAUUUUUAAUAAAUAAUUUUAAAAUUACUUAUUUAUUAACAUGUUAAGCACUUUAUUUAAAUAUUUUCCUGAACUCAAACUAUCACAUUUUCCCAUAAUCUUGAUGUUGUUAUUAAAAAAUUAAGAAAAACUAUUUUAAACUAAUUAUAUUAUAUUAUUAAAACAAAAUAACUAAAAUAAUAAAAGAAAACUAUAAAACGUUACAACAGAUAAAAACACAAAAUAAUAAUACAUAUCCUUAAAAAAAAUAUUUAUCAUAUAAAAAUAUAUAAACAAAUUUAUAAAUCCCGAAACCAAAAAUACAUAAGAAAUAUUCUAUGCAUAUCUUUAUUGCCAAAAAAAUAAAAGAAAAUGAAUUAACCAAACUGCAAUUUAUCAUGUUUUCAUAAAUAAAAAGCCCAAUGUGCAUAAAUACAUACAUAUUUACAUACCGACAACUAAAUAACAUGAUUUUAUAAAAUCAAAAAAAUUUUAAUUAAAUUUAUUUGCUUUUUUAAACAAAAUAUAAUAAAAUUAAUGAUUUAUUUAUUAACUAAUAUUAAUACAAUAUAAAUUAUCUAUAAUUAUAUAAAUUGUAUGUAAAUUUUCAUUGAUUUUUUUUUUAUUCAUUUCAUCUUUUUAAUCAUAACUAGUACCUUUCGAAUAUUGAAAUGAAUAAUUAAGUGAAAGAGAAAACAAAAAAUUUAUGAAAUUAUUUCCAAAACGCAACUUUAAAUAAAUUAAUUAUGUUAAAAAAAAAAGAAAUCUGAUUAAUAAAAAUGUUGUUACUCCAAAUAUACAAAUGUGGAGAUUUCAAAA